UACCGAAUUCAGGGAAGAAAUCGGUCUGCAGUGAGAGCUUUUACAGCAGACGCACAGGUGUGCUAAGGUAGUGACAACGAGCCGAGAUCCAGAUGGACAAACGGGUUGUCCGCUUUCAGCACUGCAGUGGAGAGAUCUACGGCUUCUUUGUCCCGGAACUGUGUCCUGUGUGUGGAGAGAGCUUGAGCCACCGGAGACUUGAAGACGCACCUGUUAGCAUCCCCAGCCCCUUUACUGAUGGACACCAGGCAAAAUGUUCCUUUCUGGUGAAACCCACAAAGGGCACGUUUCUCAGGGACUAUGAUGGAAAAUCGGAUCUUCAUGUGGGGAUCACCAGUACUGCAGGUAUGGUGUACAACUACAGAGAAGGUGGAGUGUGCCAGGAUAUGAGUGGCUGGGAGCAGGCGGUCAGUGUGGCCCUGGUGCAGCCUGAUAUGUACAGUCUAAUUGACCAGUGGGACCACUACCUGGAGCACUUCUCGCAGGCAGACACGUGGGACCCAAAAAGGUACAAUGAGAAUGAUCACAACUGUUACACUUUUGCGCUGACAUUUAUAAACUGUGUGCUGAUCACUCAGGGCAGUCGACAGUUGAGUAAGAAUGAAUUCACCGAGAGAUUUGUGCUGCCUAGAACAAAGCGAGCCUCUAAAUACAUCACACUAUACCAAGAAAUCUCUGAAAAUCACUUUUAUAUUGUUGACACAGCACAAGACCAUACACAGAAUGAAAAUGUGUAACUUGGAUUUGUUAAUUGCCUGUUCCUCAGAUAUGUGCCUGUUGUGUAUUUAUGUAAGAGUGAGCCGCUUUGUGUUCAUUGUAUACAUUAUGGAUGAAAUUUGGUGUGUGUAUAAGUUGAUUUCAACCAGAAUAACGUGUGCAAGCAACUUUAUUUGCUUUUAAAGUUAAUUUCUGUGUCUUCAUUUUUUUUAUUGUUCAGCAAUAAGACAUUCCUGUGCUCUAUAGUCAUUAAAAAAAAUUAAAUUGAGCAACUAAGUUAUUUAAAUGAAUUUGAGAUUGAAUAAUCAGAUGCAUAAUGGGGGCACAGUCCUCAAGCACAUAUGCCAAGAGUACAUCUCGCAGUCUGCUUCUACAUUAAUAUUCCAGAAGAAUAAAUAAAACAAUCAGUCAUCGUAAUGUGAGGUUAGAGUACAGCUUAACUGUAGCGGAGUAUGGCCUGGCUGGACCACACACACAUGUAUCCCAGAGGUCAUAGUACAAAUUGAAGACUGGUAGUUAAGAAGGGAGGAGAUGAUUAGUGAGCAGCAUGAUAGUUUCAUGUCAGGAAAGACCACCACAGAUGUGAC